AGAAAAAGCAAUCAACAAGAGCAGAAGCCCUUUGAACGCCUCACGGAGCGCUAUAAACGGGUAACGACUCGGACACGUAGUUUGCAUACAAUGUGAUGAUACUUCACUGCGCAAGAGGAGGAUUUACUACCCCUAACACAUUGCAGCUUCAGUGGUUGUUUGGAAAGCAUGGCAGUGAACGUGGCUGGACUUGUGGCUGUGGUUGUCUUUUAUUUGGUUAUCCUGCUAACUGGGAUCUUCGCCUCGCGCAAAUCGAAGCAAGUGGAGAAGAAAUGUACUGGAAAAAAGAGCGAAGUCGCCAUCAUCGGAGGCCGCAAUAUCAAUGUAGUGAUUGGUGUGUUUACCAUGACGGCAACAUGGGUUGGUGGAUCUUAUAUUAUGGGGACUGCUGAAGCUGUUUACUCUCCAGCUCAAGGUCUCCUUUGGGCUUAUGGGCCUAUUGCAUUUAUGUUCAAUUUUUUUAUUGCAGGAUUGUUUUUUGCCAAACCAAUGAGGUCCAAAUGCUACAUCACCAUGUUGGACCCAUUUCAGCAUCGCUACGGCCAAUUGUUCACGACAGCAAUUCUACUUCCUGCUCUGGUCAGUGAUAUUUUGUGGGUGGCCUGCAUCCUUGCUGCUCUAGGGGGGAUGAUGAGCAUCGUCCUUGAAAUAUCAUCUACAAUCUCCAUCCCAAUCUCUGCGGCUGUCUCUAUCAUCUACACUUUAUUAGGAGGCCUCUACGCAGUUGCAUACACUGAUAUCAUCCAACUCUCCUUCAUAUUUGUUUGUCUGUGGCUUUGUAUUCCAUUUAUGUUUCUCAGUCCUGCGGUGACUGACCCCUCACAAACAGCCUAUUUCAACCAGUCAAGCAUCCACUCAUGGAUAGGGGAGGUGAAGCUUGAGGAUGCAGGAAAGUGGAUGGAUAACUUUUUCGUGAUGGCUUUCGGGGGACUGGCGUAUCAGGCUCUAUUCCAGAGGAUUCUUGCAGCGUCCUCCUCGACUCAGGCUCAGGUCACCUGUUUUGCUGCUGGUGGAUUUUCUUUUAUUAUGGGAAUCCCUUCAAUAAUCAUUGGAGCUGUGGGUGCUUCUACAGACUGGAACCAGACAGAAUAUGGUCUACCGCCACCUCAUAAGCGCGGGGAGGCAAAAAAUAUCCUUCCACUGGUUUUGUCCUACGUCACACCCAACUGGAUGUCAGUGUUGGGAAUUGGUGCUAUAGCAGCGGCAGUUAUGUCCUCCAUGGACUCUGCAUUGUUGUCUUCAGGCUCCAUGUUCACCCAAAACCUAUACAAGGCGACUUUGAGAAAGCAGGCAUCAGAAAGGGAGCUGCAGUGGGUGCUCAGGAUUAGUGUGCUGCUGGUGGGCCUGGCUGGAACUGGUCUGGCCUUUAACAGGAGCAGCAUCAUUGCGCUCUGGGUGCUCGCGACCGACUUACUUUAUUGCAUUGUCGGCCCGCAGCUGGUUUGUGUGGUACACCUCCGCUCUCCCAAUUGCUACGGCGCCAUCAGUGGCUACGUGAUAGGUCUGCUGCUGCGCGGGCUCAGCGGCGAGCCAGCGCUCGACAUCGCUCCUGUGCUGCUCUACCCGGGCUGGAGGGAGGAGGAUGGUGUCAUCACACAGUACUUUCCCUUCAGGACUCUGAUUGUGCUCAUUUCUCUGGCAACUAUCAUUGCCAUGUCCUGGCUGUUCCAGCUGGGUUUCACUCACCAUCUCAUUCCUCAGUCCUGGGAUGUGUUGGAUGCAUUCAAAAAGAAAAUGGAAGCAGAAGAAGAGGAGGAGAGACCAAUUUCCAAUGAGGAAAACAACUUUGUCUUUAGUACAGCUUUAUAGGCUCAUAGUAUCUGCAAAACCUGAUUUUAGGCAUAUUUAUGGGCACAUUCCUUCAUAUGUUCUAUAGAGUAGUUGUAUUAGUGGUAUGUUAUAUUGCAGUGAAAGGAAUAAGGGUGUAACCGCCUUGCACGGUGUGCAAAUGUUCCAUUUGUUAGUUGUUGCAUGUCCUCACCGGGUGUCCCCUCCACAUUCACAAAUAAGAACAUGAUUUGACUGUUGUAACUGUAGUGACUCUGGCCCAAAUGUCAUAUCAACCCCCCACUACUGAUAGACUCUGCAUUCUUCCCUGCCACCCUGCUGUGCAAGACAGCCAGUAAAGGACACCUGGCGUAUCUUAAACUAAUCAACAGUUCCCCUCGAAAUCUGGCUUCCAGACAUCAAAGACGCCUUUCCUUCUUUUGAAGUGACAGAGCGACCAAAAGGUUGGACUCUCUCUCAUCCACUGGGAACAUUGUGCGGACACCUGCACUGGCAUUUCAGAAUUACUGCAAUGUGUGGACUCUCAUUGGGGGUUUCUUUAACUGAAGAUAAAUGUCUGUUUUGAUAUUUUACAAACUCUGCAGAAAUAUUCCAAAUGUAUGCCUUGAUGCCUGUGUCAUUGCGUCAGCUUUACAGGUCCAGCUGCAAGACUUGAGAACUGUUCGUCUUGAUUUGAGCCGUGAUCUGUUGGCGGACCCUCAGCAGCCAACUACCGGCAUUCCUUACCGGUCACGCACGCUGUUGAGAGCAAGAACGGCCCCGGCACAAGUUCAAUCGUCAGGAAAGUUACGACUGCACAACGACAGGACACCAACUUUCUUUUGGGACCUCUUUUUGUUUUAUUUUUGUGCAUCUUCUUCUUCAACCAAACCUGCUUUGUUUUCCUCUUGAGACGCACGGAGAAAUACCAUUCCGAGGGACACCUGAUCUAUGGUUGUGAGUAGCACAACAACCGGUGCCAAAAUGUGAAAAGAUUAGUGGGGAAAAUACUAGCUUCAAACAAGUCCCAACUUGCUACUAGCGCAACAAACUGCAGCCUAUUCAUGCUCAUUUUAGCCCAGCGACACACAAAGUCCUAUUUCCCUUCACGUACGCCUAUUUUUAUUUCUUUCACCAUUAUUCAUGUUUCCUUUUUGUAGUUGUACUUCUCUGUGUGUUUCCCUAGAGAUCCCUCGUAGAUUUAAUUAAAUUGUCAAUAAGA